AUGGCUGGGUUGCAAAGAUCUUCGGUGUCAUUUAGGAGGCAAGGCUCUUCAGGGUUUGUGUGGGAUGACAGGCACCUAGAGCUUGUAGACAAAGUAGCACCGCUGCUAAAAGAAGGAGGAGGAAGAGCACGACAAGACCAAGAGAACGUUGACAUUAUAGAGGGAGUUCGGGCACCUAAACCCAUCAACACCGUCAGUAGAAGCAGGUCCAACGGUGGGGGACGUGGCUACAGGACUGGGAAGGUCACGCCAGCUAUCGAACCUCCGUCGCCAAAGGUCUCUGCAUGCGGCUUUUGUGGCGGUUUUGGUAAACCGUUGAGAAAGAGUACUAAUCUUAGAGCAAGGGCUUGGUAA